UAUGAAAUAUCUCAUUAUAAAUGACAAUACAUAUGUUACCAUUUGUAUUUAUAAAGUAUAAUUAUUUCGUUAUUUUGGAUCGAUGAAAUAAAUGUAUCGCGAAGAAAAUUUUUAAAUAAGAAGGAAUGAUAGGGAAAAUAUUCAAAAUACGUCUAUUGACCUCGUUACUGGUACUUGGCAUAUUAAGUGUAGUGUUGAUUGAAGAAUGUGUAUCAAUGUCACAGUUUGUAGCCAAGGUAUUGGAGCGACAGUCGGGCGGACAGGGGCAAAUUCUUGACCUUAGACAGCUGGUGUAUAAUCAUGAACGGAGACUUAAUACUAUAAAGGGAUUAGUAAACGAGUUAGAUGACUUAUCCGGCGAAGAGAUCCGAGACCCUAAUUUCACAGUUCAUCACCCACUGAACGCCUACAGGUUCAUAAGGAACCAUUCAGUUAUUUACAAUCAAACGGCCAUGAAACUGCUUGAAGAAGUUAGCCUAUACGAGCAAGAACGUGAAGAAAUGGACAAAAUCACAAGCAAUUUACCCGCCGUGCAAGCAGACGACAUUGAAGAAACAGUUCGUGGUAUAUUGGAGCUACAAAUAGAGUAUGACAUAAACACAAAUGAUAUGGCUGGCGGUAUAUCCCUCGGGGAUGUCAGAGAUAUGAUGACCGCACAAGAAUGCUUUGAUAUGAUGGUGGGGGCUUAUCAACUACAACGAUAUGACCUGGCAUGGGAAUGGAUGGGGGAGGCGUUGAUGAAGACAUCUAUAGGGGAUAUAAGUACAAGUUCAGAUGUCAUAUUAAACAAAGCUUUUGAGAUGUCUGCAAAGCCACAAGCGCAAAACAAAUUACUAUUCUGUCAAUAUAUCUCAAACAAUCACCCUUUACUUGUUUACCGCCCUGUGAAAAGAGAACUGCUGUCCUUGGACCCUGUUAUUGCUGUAUAUCACGAAUUAUUUAGCCGAGAUAUUCUAACAAAACUGAUGAAAUCCGUCACAGAAGGGCAAAACAGACAACCAUUUCGUAAAACGGUUAGUUCGAAAUCAGGCGUCCGUCGAAUACGGGUCAACAAGUCCACGUGGCAGAAACAAAAAGAUCAAGAGAAACUAGGUGUAAGGACUGUCGAGAAUUCAACGGAGAGAGAAAUUAUAUACAGAUAUAUUGAAGCACUGACGUCAUUGAAAUCUAACACGUUCAAACAUUUACAGAUAAGUGGUGGCAAGUUUUACAAGGAUAUCCCCUAUCAAGAUAAUCAAGUAAUACCAGACUCCAUCGAUACUGCCAGUUUCAGGAUAUAUGUAUGUAUCAAUCGGUUUCAUGUAUGUAUGUAUGUAUGUAUGUAUGUAUGUAUGUCUGUAUGUCUGUAUCUGACUGACGUACAAAUGGGCGGAGCAACAGUGGUUCACAGAUCUUGGACAACGUUGUGUCUCCUUGUAGCCGGGUACUGCAGUAUUCUGGUACAAUCAUGGGUCCAACAAUAA